AUGGAGAGAGGCGAGAUGGGCGGCGGCGAGGGGUCGGAGGAGGCGAGGGGCAGGGAACGGGAGCGGGAGUGGGAGGAGGCGGCGGAGGCGGUGGCGUACGACUCGUGCACCUGGCCGCCGCCGGUGGUAGUGGUGUGCGGCCCCGGCAACAGCGGCAAGUCCGCGUUCGCCCGCCUCCUCCUCAACACCCUCCUCGCAAGGUAUAAGAGGGUGGCGUACCUGGAUACUGAUGUUGGCCAGCCUGAGUUCACACCUCCAGGUUUUGUGUCACUUCAUGUACUUGAGGAACAAGCUAAAGAUUUGACAAUGCUAUACCUGCGGGCCCCAAAGAGGUGCUUCCUUUUUGGUGAUGUUGCUGCACACAAGAACCCAAAACUUCUCUUGAGCUACAUUUUUGGGCUUUAUGAUUAUUUUCUUAAAGAACUCUAUCACUUCAAUGAGGCUGAUAACCCUCACAAAUCAGCUAUACCGAUUGUUAUCAACACUUCAGGGUGGGUGAAAGGUAUUGGACUUCAUGUUCUGUCAGAGAUAUUGAGAUACGUAUCCCCAACUGACGUUAUUCGGCUAAACACCACAGCAGAGGGUAAAAACUUACCAGGAGGUGCAUUUUGGCUGGAUGCACACGAGGGAAAUUCACAAGUUAAUCUAGUUGAAAUUCGCGCAGUGCAGAACUCUCCUCGGCAUCUGUUAGUGAAGAAAGAGGCGCGAAUUAUUCGUGAUCUCAGGCUGAUUGCUUACUUCAGGCAGUGCUUGCCGAGGGACUUCCCAAUUUUCUCUUCUGAAGAUUUAGUUCAAGGAAUUGCUGCUAUAGACCCUUUUCAGCUCCCUCUUUCAAAAAUACAGGUUAUUGAUCUACACAGCCAGAUUUCCGGUGAUUCGGUAUAUGACUUCUUGGCCGGUACUAUCGUCGGUAUUGGAUCAAGUUCAUCUGUCCCUUUGUCAACUGAAUGCUCCUCUCCUUGGUGCAUGGGACUUGGUUUUAUCAAGGCCAUUGAUAUUCCAGGAGACUGCAUUCAUCUGAUAACACCUGUUUCUCAUCAGCUUUUAGAAAAUGUUGACAUCAUUUUUCCAAGUUGUAUUGCAGUGCCUGACGGCCUCUUUCAGUUAAUCACCACAGUGGAAAUAAAUUACUACUCCCACUGUACAGAAAUAUAA